UAUAUUAAAUAAUAAUAAAUAAAAUGUAUAUUGAUCUGUGUUUGCGCUUGCGGGUGUAAUUUACAUUUUAGAAAUUUAGUUUUAUUAAAUAUUUCGGGAAUUAAAUUGCUGUGAUAUUAUUAUGAGGAAGGAGUUAAUCUAAACCUAAUUCAAAAACUUGUAGUCCUUUAAUAAAACCAUUUAUAACCACAAACACCAUUUCGUAAUCCAGCGAUUCUCUACCUAUAUCUUUUCCUCAGAUUAUAGAUUUAUUUUCAGUUUGUAUUUGUACAUCAUAACUUAAAGCACACAUACUUAAAAAAUGCAGUGCUGCGUGUUUUUCUGCAAAAAUACUUUAGACGACACUACGUCUGAGGGAACAGGAAUUACUUUUCAUGCAGUACCGCGUGAUAUACAUCUCCGUGCUUCUUGGAUCCGAGCACUCGGCACACAAGACUGUCACCUGCCUGACUCUGCUGUGGUCUGCUCAGAGCAUUUUUCAGAUAAUGACUUCUAUAAAACAAAUGAUUGUGAAAGGCAGAUUCGCUCUGAAGCUAUUCCUUCAACAGGGCAGGUCAGUUUAUUUAUUAAGACUGACUAUAAGCAGAAGUGCAUGAUAUGCCUGGGCACUUACAGCAAGCUGUAUCUAAUGAGUAAAUGCAAGUUGGAGGAGGCAUAUAAACAGCUAACUGGACUAUCGUUGUGUCGAGCAAAUCUGAAGCCAACGCUCUGUGUGUUUUGUGCUCAGAGAUUGAUUAACUUCAGUAGAUUUAGAGACUUGUGCUUGAGAGCCCAUUCACUGAUGACAGAUUCACUUAAACAACAUGAAUUUAGUACUAUACAACAUACAGAAUUUAUGAACUACGCAACAAAACAUCAGCAGUGUAAUUUAACACGUACAACAGUUCGGGCAGACCACUGUGACUUAUACAUAGAUCACACAGAUGAAGACAAACAGACAUUGCCAGAGAAAUCUGUUGUUGGAGAUAUUGCAACAGUUGUGGUGAAGAAUGAAUAUGCUGACAUUGCAAAACACGAACAUGUGACAGAAACAGAGAUUUUAAUAAAGCUUGAAACUGGUAUAUUUGAAUGUGAAUUUUGUUUUGAGAGAUUUCUGCAAGAAAAUAUAUACAGGGAACAUAUGAGCAUGCAUCUGCAGGACCCAAGUGAUGCGAUACAAGUGUGCGAGCCUCGAGCAGCUGCGAGCUGCGACCCACUCACGCUGGACAAGACACGAAGCCAGAGGCUGUAUGAUCCCCUGACUGCAGACUCCAUUCGAACUUCAAAUGCCCCACUAUCCGCAAGACUUGCGGCAAAUAACGGAAACAAAGUGCAGUCAACUGAAGAAGUAGGUGCUAUCUGGAAAAACGAACAAAUCCUUGAAACUAACAUGUGUGUACCGGACAACCAAUUAUCUCAGAGCGACACUGAACCAUCUACAAAUAUAAAUACAUUGACAAAUUGUGUUGAAUAUGAUAUUUUCCAGAAAUACAAAGAAGCUGUGAUAGAUAAUCCACGCGUCAAAAUCCAGACUGGUGUGAAAUCUUAUAGUUGUGACUCAUGCCAUUAUAAAAGUGCAAAAAAAAGUAAUUUAAUUAGUCACAUGAGAACUCACACUGGCCAAAAGCUGUAUUCUUGUGAUAUGUGCGAUUAUAACUGUACACACGAAAGUGAUUUAUCAAGACACAAAAUAAUCCAUACUGGCCAAAAGCCUUGUUCUAGUGAGAAAUGCCAUUAUAAAUGUGCACAAAAAAAAAUAUCAACAGAUCAUAUGAGAACCCACACUGACGAAAAGUCUCAUUCUUGUGAGACAUGCAAUUAUAAAUGUGCAUCAAAAGGUAGUUUAAUAGAUUACAUAAGAAACCACAUUUGUGAAAAACCUUAUACUUGUGAGACAUGCAAUUAUAAAUUUGCACGUAAAGGUGACUUAAUAAGACAUAAAAGAACGCACACUGGUGAAAAACCUUUUUCUUGUAUGACAUGCGAUUACAAAUGUGCACAAAAAAGUAACUUAAUAGGCCACAUGAAAAUCCACACUGGUGAAAAACCUUAUGCAUGUGAUAUGUGCAAUUCUAAAUUUGCACGUAAAGGUGACUUAACAAGACAUAAAAUGAAACACACUGGCCUCAGUUCACAUACAAAUCCACACUGAUGAAAAUGAAAACCUCAUUAUUGUGAGACAUGGAUUUGUGUUAUCACCUUUAUAUUGUUACGGAGAACCCUAUGACUACAGCCAUAGGGUUCAUAAUCGCUCGCCCAUGUCGGGUUGUCUACGAUUGGAGAUAGCCAUAAUUUAUGACCUUGUUUACGUGGAAUUUCGUAGAACGUCUUUGGCAUACGCGAGUUUUGUAGGCGUUCCCAGAUUAAUCUGGAAAUUGUUCUGACGGCUAAUACGGCAGCCAACUUCGAAACGAAGUGAAGUGAACAUCGGAGUGACACAAGCGAUACAAGUGAAUUAUAGUGAACUUUGGACAACGAAUUGCCUACGUUUGGAAAUGUGUUUUGAUACUUGGAAGGAGUGAAAUAAAGUCUUAUACGAGUCA